AAAGGGUUCAAAAACAGGAAACAAAUAUAUUUUCAUCUCAGAAGGUAACAGAGUUGUUUCAAAAAGUGACAGAUGUACUAGGAAAAAGAAAUGAAAGUGAUUUUGAGGAAGAACGAGUAUUAAAAACGAAAUAUAAUCGAGAUGGUUAUACCACACCACCACAACGAUCACGCUUUUUUAUUGAAAAAUUUCCUAAGACUUUGGAAUCCAGCCAGCUCCCGAUCUCUGAUGGAGGACUUCCAAACUUUGAAGAGAGAUUGGAAAUUGAUCCGGAAUUGGUAGUUCAAGAAGUUAAUGAAGUUAUGAUUCCUUAUUCUGAACGUUCUUUUGAUUAUAAUUCUUGGAAAAGUUGGAAUUUAAAGUCUGGCUCAGUAGUUAAUGACCUAUUAAAGAAAGCUUCAAAAGCCAAAGGUUUGGGGAUUGUUCGUUGUGGAUUGAAGAUCACAAAACCAAAAUGGUGUGAUGAUGAAGACUAUGCCGAAAUACAAAGCUCUACAAGACGCCCAAACCUUAUAAAACCUCAGAAACACAUUAUCGAACUUUUGAAAAUAAAAUCAUUAAAAUCACUAGAAUUUGAAUUAAAACGAUUUAAAUUAAACGCAAAUAUUCAUCAUCUGAGAGAAAUUGGUAAACCAACAGAAAAUGACCAGUUCCUAGAUGGUUCGGAGAAGAUCAUAUCCUAA